AUGUACGAUUGGCAAACUACGGCAAUGUUGCAUAACUUGAGAGACUUUUUCUCUCUAGAGGCAUUGGAUACUAGACUUGCACCUUCGUCGAAUUCUGCAAAGAAACAACAGGUUAUCAAACGAGCCUCGUCUCCUUCACGAUUGUCGAGUUUGGAGUUUAAAUUUUACUAUGUUGUAUUUCUUAUUGCUGUGCCGCUGAUGUUCAAAGCAGCAAUGGACGCUUCCAACGAAUCAAAUCCAAACUAUCCACGUUUUCAACAUCUACUUAGCCAAGGAUGGCUUUUUGGCCGCAAAGUAGACAAUUCCGACCAACAGUACAGGUUCUUUAGAGAUAAUUUCCCAUUGCUAUGUAUAUUGAUAUUAUUUCACGUUGGGUUGAGGAAAACACUUACUUUGAUGUUUCAGAUACGAAAAAGGACAUAUUUUGACUUGGCAUUUGGGAUUGUAUUUUUAGUAGGGGCACACGGAGUCAACAUUUUGAAAAUUGGCUUCCAUUUGACUAUGAACUAUUUGAUCGGAAAGUUGAUCAAGGAUAAAAAGACAGCCAUUUGGGCAACUUGGAUAUACGGUGUACUGACAUUGUUUCUUAAUGACUGGUAUGGAAUGACAAGGUAUGGAAUUCCGCUUUUGGACCAAUCCUUCAAAGGGAUUAUUGCUAGAUGGGAUGUGUUUUACAACUUUACUUUGCUUCGAAUGAUUUCAUUUAAUCUUGAUUACAUUCAAAGAAGAAGUGCUAAGUUAAAAGAAAAAGAAGAAAAGAGCUUAAGCGAACAAAUGCGCGUCGUUCGCAAUGUCGACAGCUACAACAACGUAAACAUAAACGUAAACAACAAUAAAGAAGAAGAAGAAGAUGAUGAUGCUGCUGUUGAGUUUGACUUUGACGAUGACAAAAGUUUGGCCAAUUUAGAUGACAAAGGGCGUCUCAACGCGCCUUUGCCUUUAGAGGAUUACAAUGCUUUCAACUACUUAGCUUACGUCACCUACGCACCAUUGUUUAUUGCUGGUCCAAUAGUUACAUUCAACGAUUACAUUUACCAAUCAAACUAUCAACAGUCUGUGACUGUUAAAGAUUAUAAAAGAAUAUUUGUCUACUUUCUCAGGUUUUUAUUUUGUUUAUUAACAAUGGAGUUUGUGUUGCAUUUUAUGUACGUUGUUGCUGUAUCAAAGACAAAAGCUUGGGAAGGCGACACACCAUUCCAGAUCUCGAUGUUGGGAAUGUUCAAUCUCAACGUUAUUUGGCUAAAACUUCUUAUACCAUGGAGGCUUUUCCGCUUCUGGAGUCUUCUCGAUGGCAUUGACCCACCUGAAAACAUGAUUCGCUGUAUGGAUAACAAUUUCUCAGCGUUGGCAUUCUGGAGGGCAUGGCACAGAUCUUUCAAUAGGUGGGUUAUCAGAUAUAUUUAUAUACCUAUGGGAGGAGGAGGACACUAUAGAAUCCUUAAUAGCUUAUUGGUGUUCAGUUUUGUUGCAAUAUGGCAUGAUAUUGAAUUGAGACUUUUGAUGUGGGGUUGGCUAGUUGUGCUAUUCUUGAUCCCCGAAAUUACCGCAACAAUGUAUUUUGCAAGGUAUAAUGAGAAACCAUGGUUUAGGUAUUUAUGUGGUCUUGGUGCGGUAGUCAACAUCUGGAUGAUGAUGAUUGCUAAUCUUGUUGGAUUUUGUUUGGGUAAAGAUGGCACAUUGCAACUUGUUAAGCAGAUUUUCCAUUCCAUUCUGGGCAUUUCCUUUUUUGUCACGUCGUCUUUUUGUUUAUUUGUCGCAUCACAGGUGAUGUUUGAAUUGAGAGAACGUGAAAAGAGAAUGGGAGUUGAUGUGAGAUGUUAG